UCCCUGCAGCCAUGGACGGGCCUACGAUGAUGAUGCACGUCAGAGAAAUGCUGCGCUCCGAGAUCAAGAAGACGAUGGCGAAAGAUGACGUCGAGAGGCACGAGGGGCGCCUCAACAACAUGGAGCAGGAGAUCAAGGACUUGCGAGAGGGACGUUCGGCAGCUCCCUCAUCCACGGCGGCUUCGUCGGUCGGGCACCCGCUGCCCUUCUCGGGGGUCGAGAACACGGCGGCACAGCCGUCCGUGCCGGGGCCAAAGAGGGCGUGCGACAAGAUCUGUGUGACUAUUGGUGGCUGGGAUCGGGACACACCCCGCGACACCAUCCUGAACGAAGCUCGUGCGUUUACCGACGCCAUUCCCGACAAAGCAGAGGAUGGGGUGCUCGUCCCGCUCAAGCGUGCCAUUUUCCCGAAGGCGGCGGACCUCCAGCUAGACUACAUUCGAGGCAUCAUCUGGUGGAAGCAGCGCAGGUUCGGCGAGAUGGCGAGGACCACGAGUCUCAUGAGCUUCAAGGAGCACGUCGCGGCCGGCAUCAGCGCCCACACGGGCGUGCACCUCAGCCUGGUCGAAUUCCAGGCCAAGGUCAAUGCGGGCAAAUCUGGAACGCUCAGGGACGCGGAGCGCUUUGCAGCGACUCUGCGCGAGCAGCACGACUACGACGCGGCCAUCCUCCAGGAGGUCGGCUACUGGGGCAAGACCACGAGGCUGGAGGUCGGCGAGGGCGACCUCUACCUGGUCACACCGCGGGUCGAGGGGCAAAAGCAGAUGGGGCUGCUGGACUCUAUGGAGGAGCUCUCUGACCUGAUCAUGACGGCACCGCCUGGGGCGUACCCGAUCGCGGGCGUGGACGCGCAGACGGCUUUGCCCCCGCCGCAGGCGGACGAUGAGCGCUGGAUUGGGGGCUCCCCAGUCGGCCAGCGCACGCGUCGCGCCGAAAUGCCAACGAGACUUCUCAUGCAGCGCGGCCUGGCGGCGACGAACACGUUCACCGAGGCGGCCAGCGGACCCACCUGCCACUGCGAUUUCAAGCACCCGCCAGCCCAGAUCGACGAUGUCCUGGUACCUGCUCGCGACAUCUGGAAGGUCAGCACCACGCUCGAGGAGAUCACCCACAGCGCGCAAUCCGACCACUCGGCCAUCAAGCUGGAGUUCACCCUCGGCACCAGGAGGCGCUACAUCUGGCACGGAGGUCGUGCUCCUAUGAAGGGCUGGACCUGCUUCGACAACCGCUUCCAGCGCUGGAGCCACAGCGCCUGCUACGCCGACCGCAACCCAGCGCCGAUCACUUCCGUGACGGACGCGGCGUACCUGGCUGCCGCUGCUUGUGGCAGGGGUCCGCCUGCGAGGCAG